GAGAAACCUAACAGAUAUGUGGACUUUUUGGGUGGCACUUUGGGUAAUUUGGGUUGCAGUAUCUCUGGGAAAAACUACAAACACCUGUCCAGAAGUGAAGGUUGUAGGAAUCGGAGAAUCAGACAAGUUGUCCAUCAUCCGAGGAUGCCCUGGGAACCCUGGUUCUCCUGGCCAAAAAGGAGAACAGGGGGAGAAUGGUAGUGUGGGACCAGCUGGACCUCCAGGGAAGAUUGGACCACCAGGAACGAAAGGGGCACCUGGUGAAAAACUAAAAGGGGAAAAAGGAGAAAAAGGUGACAGUGGGAGACUUGACCAAUUGUAUGAUGCAAAGAACUGCAAGGAGCUCCUGGACCAGGGGGAAAUUCUAAGUGACUGGUAUACAAUAUACCCAGAAAAUACUGACCCAAUGAAGGUGCACUGUGAUAUGCACACUGAUGGAGGAGGAUGGAUUGUUUUCCAGAGGCGUUGGGAUGGAUCCGUGGAUUUCUAUCGUGACUGGAAGUCCUACAAGAUGGGGUUUGGAAACCGCCUGAAUGAGUUCUGGAUGGGGAAUGAAAAUAUUCAUAAACUGACAUCAUCAGGCACAUGGGAACUGCGUAUUGAUCUACAAGAUUUUGAAAAUGUGAAGCAUUUUGUCAAAUACUCCUCCUUCAAACUUUUGGGAGAGUCUGACAAGUACAAAUUAUUGCUUGGAAACCUUAACGAAGGUAACACAGGGAAUUCCAUGGAUGUUCAUCUUAACAUGCCGUUCUCCACCUUGGACAAUGAUGUGAGUCCAGGCAAAUGUGUUGCAAAGUACAAAGGAGGCUGGUGGUACAAUGACUGUCAUCAUGCCAACCUCAAUGGAUUAUAUCUGCUGGGACAGCACGGUUCCUAUGCUGAUGGUAUCAACUGGGCUUCUGGCAAGGGCUAUCACUACUCCUAUAAACAUUCUGAGAUGAAGAUUAGACCUGUUAUGUGAAGAACUUGGUGAUAAUAUCACCCUCAUAAUAAAUACAGGCUUGCAUACACGA